AUGUCACCAGACCAGCACCACACGACGUCUUCCGACUUACUCUCACUCUCGCUUCCCAAAAAUAAUAGUAGAAUCCCCAGUUAUUCCCCGAGUCGCAGUGAAAGCCAGAGCAUUUUCAAUUCCUAUGGGACCGUGAAGCCAAACCAGGUUACGCUCAUCGCAAUCGGCGGAGCAAUCAACACUGGUUUGAUGAUAGCAUCUGGCAAUGCCCUUGCAAAGGCCGGACCUGCACCUGUCCUUAUUUCCUAUACGAUUGUCGGAGUCUUGGUUUAUCAUGUCCUAUGCGCCCUAGCGGAAGUGGCCUCCCCAGAACCAUCUACGGUCGCUGAUCAUGCCGCACGAUUUUGUGAUCCUUCUCUGGCGUUCACAAUCGAGUGGAUAUACUGGCUGAAAUUUGUGGUUGUUACCCCUAAUCAAUUGACAGCGGCAGCACUGGUGGUAUCGUACUGGCUGGAUGCUGAGACAGUUAACCCCGGCAUAUGGAUAACUGUUUUCAUGGUGGUUAUACUCGGUGUGAACUACUGGGGUAGUCACUUCAUGGGCCAAUAUGAGUUCAUUCUCUCUUCUUUCAAAAUUACUGUCGUGCUCGGGCUUAUGGUCUUAUCUUUGGUCCUUGCACUAGGAGGUGGCCCUGAUCAUGACAGAAAAGGAUUUCGGUACUGGGAAAGGCCAGGUGCGUUUGCCGGCGAUAAUACAGCUCUUGGGAGGCUCCGUGCUAUAAGUAGGACGAUGCCUUCGGCUACAUUUGCAUAUUUAGGGAGUGAGUUGAUCGGAAUAAGUAUUCUGCAUACGAGGAACACUCGUAAGACCGCAUUACACGCAACCAAGCUCACAUUUUACCGCAUACUGGUGGUGAACAUUGUUACCGUGACUUUCAUCGGCAUGCUAGUUCCAUUUGAUGCUGAGGAGCUGGAAUUCGCUGUGUUUAAAAGUUCAAAUCCCUCUGCAUAUACGGAGGAUACACAAAAACCACCCGCCUCAGCCGCCGCGUUUGUAGUCGCUGUUCAGAUGGCCCACAUUACCGUGGUUCCCCAUAUCCUCAACGCCUGUUUUCUUUUGUUCAUAAUAUCUGCAGCAAAUAACUCCCUCUGCAUGGCAACUAGGACACUCUAUGGUCUAUCUCUCGGUCGAAACGCCUUCCCGUUCCUGUCUCACCUCGAUCAAAGAGGAACACCGAUCUACACCUUUUUCGUGUGUUCUGCGCUAGCCUCGUUAGCCUAUCUAAAUAUCCAGGAAGAUUCCAAGAGUCUAUUUGACUACUUCGUUAACGUGGUCACCAUGUUCAGUAUUCUUACCUGGAUCUCAAUUCUGGUGGUUCAUGUUUCAUUCGCACGAGCCCGGAAAAUAAAUGCCGAAACUUUCAGAGCUCCCUUUGGGGUGGUUGGGUCAUGGAUUGCCCUAGCCUUCUGCCUGUUUAUUACGGUCGUGAGGGCUUUUGAUACAAUAGACAGUGAUAGGAAUGAUGGCGGAGUCGACGGUAAGGAAAUCAUCACUUCAUACAUAGGGAUCCCUUUGUAUUUAUCGCUAAUUAUCGGUCAUAAACUUGUCACUAAGAAUCAAACGGCUCAGGAGAGUACUGAAGCCAAUUAA